CCUGUUCCUAGUAUGUCAUUUAAGAAGAGAGCUGUGAUUGGCUGUCAGAGCAAAAUAAAGGACUGAACAGCACUGGUCUCAGUAACGCAUCAGAGGACAGAGAGGAAGGGUUGGUUAUGGUGGCAGAGCUGACUGAAAACCAUGAGACUUCCUUUAUGUGCUGUGCUGUUGUGGCUGUUCUUUGAAGAGGUUCAAGCUUCACCAGUGAAACCUUCCUUUCAAAGUGGCUCUAAAAGUUUUGAUCCCAGUAAGCCUCAGCAAGUCUCCAACUACCACGCCCAGGUUCCACACUUCCAACCGGAACACCGCGCCAAAACCCGCCAUAAGAUCAAGGUGGUCCGCUACAGACUGGAUCCUUGGUCCCAAAUAUGGCUGAAGUCUGAAGUAGAGUCUUACCAAGUAGAUCCCGACUCCCACGUAAUGCGCUACCAGGUUGAGCCUCAACAACCUGCUCAGGCAAUUCGCCAUCAAUCUGUGCCUCAGCUUCAGUUUCAGCCUCAACGGCAAAUUCAGCCGAAGGAGGCAACCAACCAAGGUGGGUCCCAGAGUGGUUCACUGGGGGUGGAAUCCAAUCAGGGACAACCACCCUUCCAGUCUCAGAAAGCACCUUACCUGGCAGAGGCCCAGAAUCAGGCCCAGGUGUUUUCAUACCAGACAGAACCUCAAAACCAGGAGGAGUCACUUCAACCAGCUCCCCAUGUUUUGGUUCAAAGUUCACCCUACCAAGUUGAGCCAAUGACACAGACCAAAGAAUUGCUCUACCAAAAUGAACCUCUGACCCAAAUGGUGUCUUUCCAGGCUGAGCCCCAGAUUCAGGUCCAAGGAUUAUCCUACCAGUCACAGCCUCAGUCCCAAGUGGUUUCCUUCCACACAGAGCCCAAAAAUCAAGACCAAGGUCUUCCAUACCAGGGAGAUCACCAAAUGCUGGCCCAAGGAAUGUCCUACCAGGAAGAUCCUCAGUCCCAGAUGACCUCCUGCCAAGCUGAGCCUGACCUUCAGACUCAAGGGGUGAUCUACCAGGUAGAGCCUCAGUCCCAGGUUGCAUCUUUGCAGAUGGAGCCAAAUUUUCAAGGCCAAGACUUGCUUUACCAGGCAGAGCAUCAGAUGCAGGCAGCCCGAGAGGUGUCCUACAAGGUAGAUCCUCCGUACCAAACGUUUUUUCACGAAGCAGAAUCCCAUAUUCGGUCUCGUACACCAUCCAUUGAUGCAGAUCCUCAAUCUCAAACAAUGACUCACUCAAUGUCCAACUCUCAGCCCCACAUGGUUUCCUAUCAGACAAGCCCCCAAGCUCCAAGUGAAGCUUUGCCAUCAUACCAGCCUGAAGAAUGUGCUUUUUUCAGUGAAGACCAAGGUUUUGAGCCACCAACAUCAGCCUAACCCAGAUCAGAUGCUGUCAUUGUGAACCAGAUCCUGAGCUUGGUGUGGCACCAAUAGCCUCUAAGAAAAGGCCCUUCAGCUCACUUCACUUUGCUAAGUUCUACUUCAGCAAGUUGGAGGGUCUGUUUUUUUUCUUUUUUGUUCUGAAGCUUGAGGGUCGUCCGAGCUUUGGCCGCUCUCAACAGCUCAUCAAGAGGACCCAGAAGGGGCCGGAUCCCAGUGAAGCUCUCCUUCCCCUCUGUGGGCUUGACAGGAAUCGGAAAAUAAAAUGUUGUGCCAAGCA